UAUUAGUAUUACAUAUAAAUUGUUCAAAUUAAGAAGAGAAAUGGAUAACAAAUCGAGAGUGGCAAUGAUGAUGAUGUUUGUUUUGGUGGUCAUGGCUGCCACUGGAGGAGAAGCAAUAAAUCAUUUUUGCUCAUUUCAAUGUUCAAUGACGUGCCACGGUCUGGAGUUCACUUCACCUUGCUACAAACAGUGUAUGAUCGAAUGCGACCAUCAUUUCACUUGCAACUUUUUACUCAACUUCUCACUCGCCGAUCAUGAUGACUAGAAAGACAAAAAAAAAAUGAGAGGAUAAAAAUAGUUUCAGAAUUUAUCAUGAUAAUUUUAUCUCUUUUAUUUUCUUUUUACAUAUAAACGAAAAUCUACAAUUAAUAAAUAAUAAUUAUAUAUUAAAAAAUGUAUAAACUAGUGCAUGGUCCAAAUUAUUUGUUCCUUCUAAAUCAUAA